AGAUAUUGACUAUUAAUAGAAUAUUAAACUUCUCUGGACCAAGGUAGCACAAGCAUUUGGCAUAUAUUGAAAGUAAUAGCUACAGUUCAAGUUCAAGUGACACUGAUCUCGAAACAUUUAUCGAUCUGACGAACGAAGUGGGUAAACCUUCCAAGCGUCACCAUGGACGUUAGCAUCAUCAUGCAGGAUGCAAUCGACGUGGACGUGAUCGUUCACGCUUACCUUCGGACUCUCGCGGACGAUCUCAUGGACGCUCUCGUGGGCACUCACGCGAUCAUUCACGUGAAUGUUGUGUCAAGUGUUGCAAUUUUUUCGUGAAGCCAGCCUUCAAAUAGCUUCCCACUGAUCAUUACCUGCGGCAUCUUCGGCGUUUGCGAUCACAUAUUAGAUCAAAAAUAGUAAGAAUAAGAUGUGGUGCACGUAAUUAAUUAAUCUAUAAUCAAAAUUUAGAUCUCGGUCCUGCCAAAUCGGCUUUUGAAAAUUUCGGCAGACCAGCGCAUUAUUUAGAUCCCUUGUAUACAUAUACGGAUUUCCUUGAUGUCAUACAGAUUUAUAGCGGCAUCGUUCGGUUUUGUAAUUUUUAUACCAAUAAACCGGGCUACACAGAGGUUUCCCAAAUAUUUAGUGAGUACGAAAUAGGUUUUACUUCCAACUUACUUUUCUAAAAAAAACAUUGUCUUGCUUUAAAACGAAGUAAACUUAUCAGUAUGGCUGGUGCAUACCAUAUAUUCGAUAUUGAAACUACUAAUAAACAAUCGAUAGAUGGAAUUAUAAAAAUUGCUCUAUUAAAUGUGUAUGUUUGAUACGUCAUGUAUUUCAACUUAAGCUACGGAUUACAAGUUAAUUACAAGUAUCUGCCCAUCACCGCCAAAUAUUGUUAUUAGCACUGGGGGUACAACAACAACUAGUCGCCAAAGCGCAUUAUCGCAAACGUUUUCAAACGUUGGCGCAUGAGUCACUAUGGCGCUCGUUUGGCGCUCACUACUGCUUUCUGCAUCGGCAACGUUGAGCAGAAUAGCUAAAACGUUUUUCCAACGUUUUGUUUGUGUAUAAAAGCGGCCGGCAGCCAUGCAAUCAGCAGCAGUUGAGCAACGAAGUGCACAACGAAAACAGUCAACAAAGUUAAAGUGAAGUGUGUGCAAAGAAAAUACAACAAUAAAAAAGGUGAGAAAAUAUUUAAAAAAUAAGUCUCCUAUUUUCCAAAAAGUAGAAGCGAAGAGGACAUGGAAGCCGUAAUGACAGAACCGAAGGCUGGCUGCAGUUACGAACCGGCAACGGCGAAAGCAAAACAAAAUGCCAAAGAUCAGAAAUUAUUGCAAAAGGCUGUAAAGAAAGCAUACAAAGCACAGAAAUUGCUAAACGAAGCUAUUAAGCGAUUGGAGGCUUCGAGCGAAAAGCAGAAGAAGAGGCACAAGCAGUCGAAACAUAUUGAAAAUAGUAGCUCUAGUUCAAGUUCUGGUACAAGCUCGAGUUCCAGUUCGAGUUCUAGUACGAGCUCAAGUUCUAGUGACACUGAUGGCGAAGCAUUUAUUGAUUUAACAAACGAAGUGGGAAAACCUUCAAAGCGUCACCAUAGACGUAAACACCAUCAUGGACGACGUAAUCGACAUGGACGUGAUCGUUCACGCUCACGUUCGCACUCUCGCGGACGUUCUCGUGGACGCUCUCGUGAUCACUCACGUGGUCAUUCACGUGGACGUUCUCGCGGACACUCACGUGGUCAUUCUUUGACACGUGAUCAAGAAUUGCGUCAAUUGUCGCAGUUUUUUCGUGGCGCCAGCCUCCAAACAGCUCCCCCCAUUCUACAUGGUCAUCACCAGCAGCACCACCGACGCAUGCGAUCACAUAUUAGACCCGAAAUAGUUGAUAGCGCAAACAGAGGAUCUCGCUCUAAUUCACACGAGCGUCACAAAAAAAACGAUCAUAAGAAAAAGCAUAAAAAGCGUCACAGCGCUAAGCAUCAGUCAAAACAUGAUGGUGCUGGAAGUGAAAAGCAUGCGUUUACAGGAGAGACAUGCUCUAAUUAUCCAUAUUAUUUAUGUUCACAUCCGCGAGAUCGUUCUUAUUUUUCAGGUAUACCAGCAAUAAUGGAUCAAUGCGGUACGAUGAUACCAGUUUAUUAUGACGAAGCGCGCAACUACAGACGGAGAGCACACAGUGAACCUCGACAUUAAAGGGAGCAGUGGUGGAGGAGUUGUGUUGUUUCAACGUCUAUAUUUUAUACAUUAACAUAUUAUUAUUUAACCAUAUAAAACUUAUAAAAAGACUUUAAAAAACGAACAAAUAAUGCGGAAAAAAAAGAAAAAGUAAAUAAUAUAUAUUAUAAACAUAAGUAUAUGCUAUCCAAACAUAUAUAAUAUACCAAGUAUUUAAAGGAAAUAUAUACAAAUAAAUAAUAAAACACAAAUUGUUGUUUUAUUUAAAUAGAAGAUAAACUAGCUAAUCUAAAUUAUAGCAUCUGAUGGAGCUGAACUAUUGUAAGUCAGUAAAAUGAAUCGUGGGUCCUAAAACCCAAUGAUCGUGUGGACUCACCACUAUAUGUGCAAAAAGAUGUGUAUGUGAGUCGAAACUCUUGCUCAGAUGAUAAUAAAAGUAUAUUAAAAUUUCUUUGCGAAA